AUGAUGCUACACCUAGGUGUCAGUAAAGGUCCAGGACGACUGCCAGCUCAAGAUGAGGAAACGAUCGCACUUCAGUCGGAACUGGAGGCUGUGGAGAAGCAGAUCCAGGAUCUACUAGAGAAGCAGACACGGCUGCGAGAACGAAAAACGGCGCUGGAAACAUCCAGAGCUGACGCUCGCAAAUCCGCGGUAAGUUUUCAUCGCGAUUUUAAUACUCCUUCCACUUCUACUCCGCGUGUUUCUCUGCACAGAGCCCAGGCUUCGAGAACACGGUCAGCCCAAAUGAACUUCACUCCUGCACCGGCACACCCACGGCGAAAGGCGCGAGCUAGGACUGGAGCGAUGACCCAACCGCCGCCACCGGUCUUCGAGAUCCCGACCAGGAACCGCUUUGCCGCCCUCUGCGAGACGGAAUGCAACGCUGUGGUCAUCGGAGACUCAAUCGUCCGGAACGUACCUGCGAUCCUGAAGGACGAUGCUAACGUCGGAGCUGUCGUGCUGCACGCGGGGGUGAAUGACGUCAGGAUGAGGCAGUCGGAGAUCCUGAAGAGGGACUUCAGGAGUCUGAUCGAGACGGUACGCAACGCAUCGCCCACGGCGAGGAUCAUCGUAUCAGGGCCGCUUCCUACCUACCGACGAGGGAAUGAAAAGUUCAGUAGACUAUUUGCUCUAAAUAAAUGGUUGAUGUCAUGGUGUAUUGAACAGAAGCUGCUCUUUGUUGAUAAUUUUGAUCUGUUCUGGGAGCGACCUAGGCUCUUCCGCCCUGACGGCCUGCACCCCAGCAGCAUCGGAGCGGUUCUUCUGUCUGACAACAUCUCAAAGACGCUACGCACCGCUUGACUACGUCUCCCAGCG